GCCGCCAUGAGUGCUAGGAAGGAACAGCAUAGCGAUGCCGCAAGGGACAUGUGGGAAACCACGAACGACGACUACGAGAAGUUCCGUCCGUCCCAUGACAAGGCGGGAGUGAGGGUUCUGUUGGAACACCUGGGCCUCGUGGACAACGUCAAUCAAACCAACGGGACCGCGCCCCCUGAUGACGUCAGCCCGACCACCUAUGACGUGUUAGAAGUGGGCGCUGGGACCGGGAAAUGCACCCGUGUCAUCAAGGACGUACUUGGAGAGGCUGUUGUCUCCUCGCAGAGUUUCCAUUUCUACGCGAACGAGGCCGCCCUGCGCGAGGUUCACCGGGUCCUCAUUCCGGGCGGGAAGUUCGGAAUAAACUUCACGGCAGAUGAUGAAGACUCCCCGCUAAUUCACGGCGUGUUGGACCUGAUCAGGCAGUACAAGUACCCCGAGUGUCCGGAUUACUUCGUGAACCCUCUCCUGGACUCCAGCUGGAAGAACUGCUUCGACGCGGCGCCGCUCUUCACUCCGCUGCAGGAGCACAUCUUUCCCUGGGAGAACCAGCAGACUCUGCCCGACGCAGAAUCUGUGGUGAAACUCUUCAUGACUUACAGCCCAAUCGCUCGGGAGCCCGACGUUAGGAAGGAGUGUGCAGAGCGCAUGCUCAAACUGCUGACCACCGACCCCGCCAUCGAACAGAACGGCAACCCGCUGGAGAUACCCCGCAUGAGCGCCCUCUACUGGUGCACCAAGAAAGUGCAGUGA